AUGCCAGAGCCCAAGUGGCAUCUUACAUAUUCAAGUGUGGUGUGCCGCAAGUUACGUGGAGAAGCCGCAUCCCAGAAGAUGUGUGACUUGCCAGGUGAUCGAUUAGAACCAGCCCCGCCAUUCACCUUUUGUGGUCUGGAUUGCUUUGGGCCAUUCCACACCCAAGACGGACGGAAGCAACACAAACGCUAUGGACUGCUAUUUACCUGCCCAGCCCUUAGAGCCGUCCAUAUCGAGCUACUGGAUGACAUGUCAACCGAUGCCAUGCUUAACGCCCUUCGCCGCUUCAUAGCUAUCAGAGGGAACGUCUCUAAGAUUCGCUGUGAUCAUGGGACGAAUUUCGUUGGAGCGCAGCGGGAGUUGGCUGAUGCAUUAAAGGAAAUUGACAGCGAAGAAAUUAGAAGACAACUAGCUGACCAGUGCGACUUUCAGAUGAACACCCCACAUUCGAGUCACAUGGGUGGUGUCUGGGAGAGACAAAUACGAUCAAUUCGUAGUGUUCUCACAGUAACAAUCAACCAAGCUCAGGGAAGACUAGAUAUAUCUUCAAUGAGGACCCUUCUGUACGAAGCCAUGGCAAUUGUUAACAGCCGACCUCUUGCCACAGACACUAUCAACGACCCUACCGAACCUGAGCCAAUCACCCCCAACCACCUCUUGACAAUGAAAUCAAGUGUCCUUCUACCACCACCUGGUAACUUCGUCAAAGAGGAUGUAUACGCCAGAAAAAGAUGGAAAAGAGUCCAGUAUUUGGCCAAUCAAUUCUGGACUCGUUGGAAAGCUGAAUAUCUGUCAAAUCUCCAAUCGAGACAGAAAUGGCAGAAGACCAAGCGAGAGAUUGAAGUUGGUGAUGUGGUCAUUCUGCAUGAUCAAGAGCUUCCACGUGGAAACUGGGAAAUGGCAAUAGUAGAAGAAGCCUUCAAGAGCAGUGAUGGGCUGAUCCGCAAACUCAAGCUUAGGAUGCCCUCAGAACUAACGAGACAAGGAAAGCGUGUUAGCGAGAACCCACGAUUUUUGGAAAGACCCAUACAUAAGGUCACAGUUUUGAUAGAAAGGCAGAAUCAGCAGUUGGGCCCGGCCCAGCCUUGGUUGCUGAGCAUCAUCGGAUGUCCGUGCUGGAUGCGUGGUAUUUUUGGCAUUUAG